AGCGGAGAAAGAGAGAUGGGAUCGAGAGGAGCAGGGACGGUGGUGUCGCAGCUGACACGAGCGAGCAGAAUGAGAACGAAAUUGCAGACGGCGUUGGAAGCGAGCGUUUUGGAGAUUGAAGACGUGUCGCAUCAGCACGCUGGCCAUGCCGCCAUGAGAGACAAGGCCAAUGCCAAUGGCGAAACUCACUUCAACCUCAAGGUCGUGUCCUCAAAAUUCGAGGGGCAGAACCUGGUGAAACGACACCGCAUGGUCUACGAUGCCUUGGCUGACGAGCUCCAGUCCGGCCUCCACGCGCUGUCCAUCGUGGCCAAGACUCCCCAAGAGAUUGCCCCCAACCCCAAAUAAUAGGAUUCGAAAUUCCACCUAAUGAAAACUCUCUUGUGGUUAAUCCAAUUGCUGAUUGCUACUUGCUAGUGUUUUAUUUAUGCAGCAGGAUUUAUCAGAUUAUUAUUAUUAUAUAUAUUAUGUAUUUUUUGUUGGUUUUAAAUGUGACAUUGAAAUGCUUGCUUAUAUUUUAGUUAUACAUCCAAUUUGUUUCUUCCAGAA